CAAUUCCAGCCAUUUCAUUCAGCUAAGCAACAUCACCCGAACGAAAGGCAACGAGAGGAAACGUUCACAAGCAAGACUACACUUCUAUCCAAUAAGGUGAGGCAACAGGUGAAGAGGACGACCAUGCGCUGCGGACUGAGCUGGCUGCUGUUCUUCCUGACGUACACGUUAGUUCUACUGGCCGUGACAGCCUUACCGACGGGCGACUCCACAUUGGCACGGGAUCGCAGGGCUCUGGGCGACCAGGGGUUCACCAGUGACCUUGCUAGCAAGCUGAGCGAAGCCGAGGCCAGGAGGAUGAUCCAGACCCUCAUGGCUCAGGCCAUCGGUAAGAGGUUCAGCCCGGCUGAACAGCAGGAACCCCUGGAAGCCUCCAAGCGCCAGCUGGGCGACCAGGGGGUCACUAGCGCGCUGGCCGCCCGACUUGAACAGGCGGAGGCCCGUCAGUACAUCAAGGAUCUCCUGGCUCAGGCUGUCGGGAAGCGAUCGGGCGGGGUGGCCAAGCGCUUCGCAGCGGAGGGAGCGGCUAGCAGGAAGAGACGAGCUUUGACAGACCAGGGGCCGAUGGACCAUCCGCCUGUUGGACAGGAGGCGUCCGAGGCCCGUAAGAUUUUGAUGACCCUCCUGUUCGGCUUCGGGAAGACCAGAGCGAUGACCGAAGAGGACAUGUACAGCCAGUCCCAGCAGAAGUGGAGGCGCGACCCUGUCGCCGAGUUCCUGGACCGACUGUACGAGCAGGAGGACUUCUAAUAUCAACAUGUACGCACUUUGUGUGGCCACUUGGCUGUACCAGGAGCAAACGAGAACCCAACCCAGGACCUCCUAUGGACGACAGUUUGACCAGUCGGGUCAGAGUUCACAGACGGGUCGUUUACUUGCAUGCCGAUGACGAUAAAGGUCACGUGACAUAGAAUAUAUGUUAUAAGCAAAUAAGCAAAUAUGCCACGUGUCAAAAUCAUCGGGUCCUUUCAUUAUAAAAGUUACAGAACGAACUUUAAUGAGAAAAUAAAGUAGAUCUCAGACUUCCAAA